AUGACAGAAACAGAUACUAUGAGAUCUGUUAUCAACGCUCACUUCGAUACAUGUGUUCUGCGCGAACCAUAUACGUCUGAAGUCAUCAACCACCUCGAAAGCUGCACAAUAGCGCAUAUUGCUUCCCACGGCGAAACCGAUAAUCUUGCUCCAAUGAAAAGCCAGCUCCUCUUCAGAGACUAUGGCAAAGAGACACUGAGCGUCCAGACUUUAAGUGAAGCACAUUUUCAACGCUGUCAGCUUGUAUACCUCUCAGCAUGUGAGACGACCGUGAACCAGGAUGCUCAAUUACUUGAUGAGGGCAUUACAUUUCUGGUGGGUUCCAGAGGGCUGGUGUUCCGAAUACGAUAUCGACAUGGUGGACAGUAUUGGACGACGAAUGCGUUGAUGUAG